UUAAGAGCCACUGACGUAGUCCUCUCUGACAACGGGUUUUAACAGAGGCGCAGUCUGUGUAGGAACAGAGAAAAGUGUUUUGAGACAAAGAUAAAGGGGGGAAACAGAAGUAUUAAGUGGUGAGGUGGCUUUAAGUGUUUUGAUUUAGUAACACGAUGCUGCUGUCGUGCUGUCCUGCGCGCUUCGAACCUGUGUGGAGCCUCUGGAGUGGCCACAACUGGUGUCCUCUCACAUCUACAUCCACAGCAUCAGCAAACAGUUGGUUUUGAGCAUCAGGUGAGCGUCUCAGACAGUAUUUCCACUUCUUCUCCCUCUCUCUAUGAGGCGACACUUUAAGCUGAGGAGCAAAGGGAGUGGAUGCGUCUAAGCAAGUAUGACCAGAGGAUCCGCGCCCUGACGCGCUCCGGUGAGUUCAUGUUGGACCGGUGAGAGUGUGGACUAGUAUGAAGCGCCAUGGCUUGGUGUGACCGCGGGGUUCAAACGCUGCUGGCCACCGUGGGGGCUUUCGCUGCCUUCAGCCUGAUGACCAUCGCCAUCGGCACGGACUACUGGCUCUAUUCGCGGGCGUACAUCUGCAACAGCACCAAUGCCACCACAGACGAGACCCAAUCGCAGCCCAAAACCAAGAAGGGCGACCUCACCCACUCCGGACUAUGGAGAAUCUGCUGUAUUGAAGGCAUCAAUCAAGGCAGCUGUUUCAGAAUCAACCAUUUUCCUGACGACAACGAUUACGACACAGACAGCUCUGAAUACCUGCUGCGUAUAGUUCGUGCCUCCAGUGUGUUCCCCAUCCUCAGCACCUGCCUGUUGAUGCUUGGCGGGCUGUGCGUUGGGGUGGGCCGAGUCUACAACAAGACAAACAACGUCCUCCUCAGCGCAGGCAUCCUCUUUGUAGCUGCAGGUCUGAGCAACAUAAUUGGCAUCAUCGUCUACAUCUCCAGCAACGCAGGAGACCCUAGUGACAAACGCGACGAUGACAAGAAAUACACUUACUCCUAUGGCUGGUCGUUCUACUUUGGCGCCCUCUCUUUCAUCGUGGCCGAAACUGUGGCUGUCCUUGCCAUUAACAUCUACAUUGAGAAAAACAAGGAAGUUCGGUGGAGGGCGCGGCGCGAGUUCAUCCGAUCGCUCUCUUCUUCUUCACCGUACUCGAGGAUACCGAGCUUCCGCUAUCGCCGACGGACAUCGCACGCUAGCUCUCACUCUACGGAGGCAUCGCGGGAGAACUCGCCAGUGGUUGGCCUGAAGGGGGCAACAUCUUCCAGUGGGGCCCUGGAUGAGCUGUCCAUGUACGCCCUGGCCAGGGACAGUGUGACGGAGAACACGUACAGCCCCGAACAUGAGGCGGGUGCUGAGUUCCUCCAGGUCCAUAACUGUUUCCCCAAUGAUUUAAAGGACGGGGUGAAUCGCAGGACCACACCGGUAUAAGGGGCACAAUUCCAGGGCCGAGGUUCGCCUGGAAGUGGGCUAAUCUGUUGGAGUGCUUGUGAUAGCCUGCCAUGUUAGAGGUGUAACUGAGACUGUCCUUUUUUGAAAGGACCAGAUGAGAAGAGAGGACAGUCAGCUGGGCAGAAGAUGAGCCAAUUAACUGUCAGAGUCAUUUAUCUGCUUUUAGAGAUCAUCAAAGCAGUUGUCUGUGUUGUAGCCAAUGCGAAAUUAGUGUUAACUUUCAACUGUCCAAACGCUUAAACGAGCAGCUCAUGUUCAUGUUCUGAUCACUAAACAUUGUGGAUAAAGAGUCAGAGAGAGAGGGACGAGCUGACAUGUGCCAAUCAGCAGUAUUCUACCUGUAAAGUAUUUAACAAGGUGCUAAAAAUGAAAUGUACUCUUCAACUUGAAAGUGUUUCGUUUGUGUGUGUGCAGUUGCUAUAAAGUGUGAAUCUCUGUCCAAAGUUUGAAUUGUGUCCUCAUAACCAGUUUGGUCUUGCCUUAUGCUCUAAUCAUAGGGGGCUCUGUCUCUCAGCACUGUCCUUUAGAAUAACGCUCGACACGUAGGUCAAAAUAUCACGCAUGUGGAGAUCCAUUAGAAGCAUUGGGGCACCAUAUAUGAUUCCUCACCCGAUAAAGGGUUAAACAAACUCACAUAUCUUUUUCUGCAUGAGAGUGUGGUGGAGGGUGCGUGUCUUAAGUAAUGACUGACUUGUAAUGUACUGAAUGUUUCGUAUUUGAGCAGAACGUGCGACAUGAAAGGUUUUCUCUCCCUCGCUGUCUCUUCUUUAAUUCUUUGCUUCUCUGACAUUUGUCAGUGGAACAGCUCUGUUCAACGGCCCCUUUUUAUUCACUUCCAUAUCAGUCCCCCAGCCUUCCAUCACAGCCCCCCUCCCCGAUGGAUGUGACAUUGUGUAUGUCACAAGAGAACAGCAGCUGACAAAAAAAAAAAAGGGGGGGUGCCCAGAACUGUGAAAACGGCACAGGUCAGGACUUCCUUUCCCUCUGAAUGAAACCUUGGCAUCCAGAGUGCUCAACAGAUAAGAUAUCAGAGCCAGGAGGCGAAUGUUUGUCUGUCUGUCUCACCCCAUGUGAGUCCAUCUGGUUCCCUUUUGCGAACAGAGAACCCAGACAGAGGCAGAGGGAGCUGUCUGUGCCUGCAUCCCUGAAGGAUUUGGCUCUAUUAACCAGACUGUGUGUGUGUGUUUGAAUGAGUGUGUGUGCUGUCGUCUUGCACGUCUAUCACUGCUCUUUCUUUCAGUUCUCUCAGGAAAUACUGUGUAGUUAUGGCAGUGGGAACACUUUGAGGUCCUCUCUCUAUUUUGUGGCAGUGCUGGGAAACAGCAACCAGUGACAAAGAUGAACCUGAUAGGUUUGAAGGGGCAAAAAAAAAGGCCAUUACUGUAUUGAGUAAAUGCUGUGAGUGUUUGCUUGAGCUUGCUCCAAGAACCAGCUGGGGUGGGUUUUUUCAGUCUUAGGGCUAUUUGGUUGGUUCUGGUUUGACAAGCGAGCUCACUCAACCACAGAGUCGUAUUUGAUUGUAAUUUUGUGUGUUUGAUAUGCCAUUAGAGAUACCACAAGGCUGAGCUCAUGUAAAAGAAAGCCGUCAGUAUAAUCCAUCCGAAUCUUUUAUAUUACAGUUUGGGGGUUAAAAAAUAUCCAAAUGUGUUUGUAAUGUAAAGGUGUAAAAUUGUAUAUAAAAGUACAAUAAAAAAUACAAAACAGAAAAAAAAAAAAUACUGAAUGUGCAAGGACAUGAACAGAUGAUUCAAAGCAUUAUUUUACGGAACAAUGUCUCAAUAAUAAUGCCUUGAUGCAAUCUGCCGUCAAUCAUACAAUUAACCAUUUUAUAUUCAGAUAAACACACACUGGUUUUGCUGUUAUCAGUCACAGACGUUGAAUAUUCUGUUUUGUAAGGUGAAGUACAGUAGGUACGUUUAGGAGACGGCGCUAGAUUUUAUAUUCCAUGUGUAUGCGGCAGCUGUACUUUACUGAAUGUGCUAAUAUUGAUUGAUUUGCUUACUAUUGUUGUGAAAUAAGCACAAGAAAAUAAAUUAACUGUAGACAUUAUGAUUGGAGAUGUUCAGACGGGAGGUGCUAAUUGGAUUGGAGUUGCAUAAUAAAAAAAAAUAAAUAACAGGGAAAGAAA